AUGUAUAUAAAGAAUUUUAAAUAUGCUCGUAUAUCACCGGCAAUAUCACCAGUCUCCAUCCCACCACCCGCAAAUCACCAGCAGCAACAUCCCCUACCCAAUGUAUCCGUACCACCUACACAGACCAAUACCAGCUCAACAGACCAAUACCACCCCACAGACCAAUACCACCCCCACAGACCAAUACCACCUCCACAGACCAAUACCAAAUCCACAGACCAUUACAACAUCCACAGACCAAUACCAACUCCACAGACCAAUACGACCUCCACAGACCAAUACCAACUCAAAAGACCAAUACCAGCUCAACAGACCAAUACAACCUCCACAGACCAAUACCACCCCCACAGACCAAUACCACCUCCACAGACCAAUACCACAUCCACAGACCAAUACCACCUCCACAGACCAAUACCAGCUCCACCUCCACAGACCAAUACCACAUCCAUAGACCAAUACCACCUCAACAGACCAAUACAACCUCUACAGACCAAUACCACCUCCACAGACCAAUACCAGCUCCACCUCCACAGACCAAUACCACAUCCACAGACCAAUACCACCUCAACAGACCAAUACCACCUCAACAGACCAAUACCACCUCCACAGACCAAUACCACCCCCACAGACCAAUACCACCUCUACAGACCAAUACCACCUCCACAGACCAAUACCACCCCCACAGACCAAUACCACCUCCACAGACCAAUACCACCUCCACAGACCAAUACCACCCCCACAGACCAAUACCACCUCCACAGACCAAUACCACCCCCACAGACCAAUACCACCUCCACAGACCAAUACCACCCCCACAGACCAAUACCACCCCCACAAACCAAUACCACCUCCACAGACCAAUACCACCUCCACAGACCAAUACCACCCCCACAGACCAAUACCACCUCCACAGACCAAUACCACCCCCACAGACCAAUACCACCCCCACAAACCAAUACCACCCCCACAGAUCAAUACCACCCCCACAGACCAAUACCACCUCCACAGACCAAUACCACCCCCACAGACCAAUACCACCCCCACAGACCAAUACCACCCCAGCAAACCAAUACCAUCCCCACAGACCAAUACCACCUCCACAGACCAAUACCACCCCCACAGACCAAUACCACCUCCACAAACCAAUACCACCCCCACAGACCAAUACCACCCCUACAGACCAAUACCACCCCCACAGACCAAUACCACCUCCACAGAUCAAUACAAUCCCCACAGACCAAUACCACCUCCACAGACCAAUACCACCUCCCCAGACCAAUACAGGCUCCACGCCACAAGCGUUCCAAAGUCGAAGCGUUUUCCGUCAGUGACUUUGCGCCGACUGUUCGUUCAUAG